AUGGCGCUACCCUUAACGCGUGUACUACGCCGAGAAGCUGUGUGGUUGGGGGCCGCGGGUACCCCCAGUCGGAGAGCCAUCAGUUUCAAGCUAGAAGAGAAGACAGCUCAUUCCAGCCUUGCACUCUUCAAGGAGGAGACAGGUGUGAAGUAUGGCCUGGUGGGGCUGGAGCCCACCAAAGUGGCCCUCAACGUGGAACGUUUUCGGGACUGGGCUGUGGUGCUAGGUGACACCAAAGUCACCACUGGCCAGCACUAUUGGGAGGUAACUGUCAAGAAAUCUAAGCAUUUCCGCAUAGGCGUGGCAGAUGUAGACAUACCCCGGGAUGGCUGUAUUGGAGUGGAUAAUCACUCCUGGGUCUUCGCCUAUGCCCACCAAAAGUGGCAUGCCAUGUUGGCCAAAGAGAGUUUCCCCAUAACUGGCAUUGGCCAUCCAGAGAAGGUGGGGCUGCUGCUGGAUUAUGAGGCCCAGAGACUGAGCCUGGUGGAUAUCGGCCGGAUUGCUGUGGUGUGUACCUUAAGGACAGAGUUCCAGGGCCCAGUGGUGCCUGCUUUUGCCCUUUGGGAUGGACAGCUGCUGACUCACUCCGGGCUUGAUGUGCCUGAAGGAAUCUAGGGUGGCCUCUCACUGAAGCCCUUGGGGGGGCCCUUUUGGUGUAUCCAGCCCAUUUCAUUCUAGUUCUGGUAUCCACCCAGCAACAGUAUUGGGCUGUUGUGCAAUAUCUUAAGUCCCUCUGCCAUUCUUUCUUCUAUUUCCUAUAGAGGUUGAAGAGACAGUCUCCAAUUCUUCUGCUAGACACAUACAUGGGAAUCUAAUUUGGGUGGGAACCAGUGUGGUAACAGAAUGAUGCCUGGGCCUCCCAUCUCCCACUGGGCCACUAGUCCUUCUUAGAUUUUACCUAUUUCAUGAAAGGCUGCCCUUGAAGCUCUACUUUAACCUCUUUCUUACUAUAAUUCUACUCCAAAUGACCCCUUUCCAGUAGGCCCAUAUUUGGAUUCUACUGGUUGUUUGAGGCUCUACCACUGAAUUUCUCCCAAAUGAGUCCUGUGGCUAGAGAAAUGGCAGCAUUGUCAAUAUGUCAUUACUCUUUUCUCUGGAGUACAUGGAGUCCAGAUUUUUAACUCAUUCAUAGGUGCUUUAUUGAGUCAGUAUGCUGUAGCCUAUGAACAUGGCCCUGACCCCCAACAACCAUAGGACUGUAUCACCUCAGCCCUAUAUAGUUGCAAGUCCUGCCUGCCAGAUUUCUAAACCCAAUCAAUCAGUUAAGUUUGGAGGACAAUGGAGAGAACUUAGGGGUUAUUGAGGCCAUUGGUGCUGGGAGUUGACAUUCUUAAGGAUACCAUUUUUAAAAGCAUUCUCUCAGGAUUUUAUAAAGGGGCUGCUGGGCAAGAGGGAGUCAUAUGUUUGGCAGAGAGAUUUGAAAAUUGUUUUAAACUUAAAACAAGACAAUUAUUGUCUGGGUCUUGGACCCAUGUCCCCAUCACCCCCUAAUUAUCAGUGUGAUUUUUACCUUUUCCCUAGAAGAAACCUAUUAUAUAAAGCAGGGUUUGGAGUAUAUGUAGUGACUAUUACUGUAUAAAUAUAUACAUUCUGUAUACUGCCUGGCCC